AUGGCAGAAGAGGGCACCCAACUGACGCCCGUCGGGGAAAAGACCCUACCGGCAAAAUGCAAGGCGCAAGCCAUGGCGUACUGUCCCACGAUGGACCUGAUCGCAGUAGCGACCGAGGACGAAGAACUGCGCGUAUUCCGACUAAAUGGACAGCGCGUCUUCGGAGGCUCCUUCGGGGGUGAUCCCUACCUAGGCGAGGACGAAGAGGACGGCGAGAUCAGAGGAAUGGCGUGGAAGGGGAAUGGUCGUCUCCUCGCUGUCGCGUGUGGGGACUCCACCCUCCGCAUCAUCAGUGCGUACAGUGGGAAGACGGUCAAUCACUAUCCGGCCUAUCAGCCGCAAGGGGAAGCAUCUGGCGAGGCUGAGGCAGUGCAGACUCCGAAGCCGACGUGCGUGGCUUGGAAUGUCAAUUUUACUGAUAGCAAGGCUGCUCAGCGCCAUUUGCUCGACUCUGCUGGUCAGUUGUCCAUUGAGGAUCUUUUGGCGCCGGGUAUUUAUCCUUCGAAAGCGGCGGCGACUCUCAAGGUGGACUUGCCUAGGGAACUUGCCUUGUUGGAUAUCGAGAGCUCUUUGCCUAAGCUGAGCACCCUUCCUGCAACGGGAGGUGAAGACGACGUCUUUAGCUCGCGCGCCUCUAUCGAUGCUAUAUUCCAUUCUACGAAAGACACCAGUGACUCUGUCGAUGUGCUUUCGGUUGGUUUUGAUGAUGGCACGGUUCAUCUGCGCAUCUUCAAUUGCUUUGAAAUUGGCUCUUUCCCUGUCGGCAGAUCGCCUGGUGUCCCCGGUUCGUGUCGUAUCUUGCGACAUGCUUCUCACCCUUUGAGCUCAACUCAUGCCCUGCUGGCUUCACCUGCUAACAGCGAGAAUCGAGGGUCUCUUGAAUUAGUGACCAUGGACCUACGCUUCAUCACCAAGUCCGGGAGGUAUUUGUCUCUUCUUGCCUCGAAGACGACUCAGCUUCAGAACUUGCUCCGAUACAUUGCCCAAGUGCAGCGACAGAUUGAGAUUGAAUGGAAGAAUGCGCAAGAGCUUCCGGCUCGCUUUUUGCGCAGUGUCAAUGCGGACUUGCAAGAGAAAUGCCAGUGUGACUUUAUCACUGCCAUCUAUCACCUCGUGGUUACCGGUCAUUGUUUUGAGCCAAUGAAGGAGUUCCUUGUGGAUAUCGUUGGAGAAAGGGGCCACAAGAGAUGGGACAAGGCCGUUGCAGGCGGUUAUGAGAAUAUCCGGCGACUAACCCACGAGUGUCUCCUUCCUGCAUUAGAACGGAGCCAAGUUCUUCUCAGUCGAUUGGUUGGACUCUCUAAAUUCCCCAAGCUAAGCGAUAUCCUCGGACUUGACACGACAAAGUUGAACGCUAUUGUAGAGACACUCGACUGUCUCCACCUUUUGUCGCACCGGAUCCUCAGCCAUGCGAACGAAGAACUGAACCAGUUCAAUGCAUUUGCGAGAUGGCUUCGCCAUGAAAUCCACAUCCUCAACAGCGAGCCCUUGUCACAAACUUUAGAAGAGCUGCAGGAGAAGAGGGAUCUGUUCGAUGUCCCUCCUACUGUGAAGUACAUCACAGGCGCCUUAACAAAGAGUGCACUCCGCAAUUUUAUUAGACAGCUUCCUAUGAUCGGAGUUGUUCCACCACCUGCUCCUCCCGCGGGCCAAUGGCUUCCAGAUGGCCAUGACCGCUCCUUCUACGAUACCUUCAAAUCGCUCCUGCAACAGCAGCGAUUCGCCCGGGAAAAGGGUGGUGACGGUACCACGGUUCAGUCUCCUAAGCUGAAUGAUUUGACGAAGCGCUUGGAGAUUCAGUUUGAGAAGGUUUUCGAGGAGAUUGCCUUGACUCAGCGCAGAGGUAUUCUUCAUCGCUCUCCUAUCACACUUCACGCCGAUUGCGACCAGCAAGUGAUUGAUCUCACUGUCUCAUACGAGGAUCUUGUGGAGGGCCAACCCUGCACCGUAUACAUUGCCACCAGAUCCACCGCGUCAAAGCACCAAGUGUAUCUUUACCGCGUCGUCCUCAACUCCGUCGGCGGUGUCAGCUCAACACGAAGCACAUCGCUCGCAAUCCUCGACCUCAAAAAUGGCGAAGUCCGCCAACUCCAAUUCGUUAGCGACGACACUCUCAUGAUUCUCUGGCGAAACGGCAAAGGCAUUUCGCACCUCCUCAAUAUCCCCUUCCAGCCCGUCUCAGCACACCAGGAUGACCUGGACGAGCUCUCAACUCCAAACCCCAUAUACACCGAGAUCAAGGGUGUACCCACUUCUCCAAAACCUACCAAUGCCGUUACAGAUCUAGAUCUCUCGGCCGAUCACCACUGGGGCGGUAUUCUCAGGCACAUGUUUGCUGCUCAUGGGCCUAAGGCAAAACCCAUUCAUAUUGAUGUUAAUGGACGCAAGGGAAGACGGGCUGUAUGUGUUUUGUAUGGCGAUUCUAUGCGCUAUGAAGUUUUGGAUUUGGAUGCUGCUAUAGAGGAGGAAGAGGUGGUUGAAGAGGAGGAAUACUCUCAAGAUGAGCAGGAGGUUAUGGAUAGUGAUUGA